AACCAGGUGGUGCAUGAAUCAACCUGCCAACUUCCCAAUCAGAUUUGGAAUUUUGCUAAAAGGUUCCUUCAAGAUUACAAAGAAGCCUCUUCAUCUUCAGGCCAAGAUAAGACCUGUGAUAGCAAUAAUUGGCGUCCCCCUCCUGCUGGAGUAUUUAAAAUAAAUGUGGAUGGAGCUACUUCAAAAAAUGGAAGGAAUUCAAGUGUGGGAGUGAUUAUUAGAGACUCCAAAGGAAUCACAGUUGCUGCUUGCGCAAAUUACCUUUCAGGUCAGUUUUCAGCUUUAGAAACUGAAACUUUAGCAGUUGAAUGUGGCAUCCUUCUUGCUCGGGAGAUGGAGUUAGAGCAGAUAAUCAUUGAAACUGAUGCUCUAUCAGUAAUUCAAAGUAUUGCUGCUAGUGAAUUUGAUGGAGGUAUGGGCCACCUGUAUCUUGGAAUCAUUGUUCUUCUCAAGUCCUUUAAGAGCUGGGAAUUAAAGCAUUUGAAAUGAGUCUACAACAGAGUUGCACAUGAGCUCACACAGUCUACCAAAAGGAAUGAAGCUUCUCAAUGUUGGAAAGGAGUUUGCCCGCCUAUGGUGCAACAUCUCAUCCAGAAAGAUUGUGUUUUGUUUCGGAUGUAGCUCUUGUUUUUCUUUCUUUACUCUGUUGUAUUGCCUUUUCUGUUUGCUUAUGUAUCCCUUUUCUAAUCAAAAAAAAAAAAAAAAGAAAAAAAGAAAAAAGAAAAAAAAGAAAACAGGAAGCCCACUAUGUUAACAUAAUAUUUUCUUUUUCUCCAUUGAACUAGUAAAAGCCACGUCAUUAAUUGGAUCGUUUCACUUGCCUAUUGGAUAUUUCAUCUCUUCUUUUUGAUUCCUCUCCUUCUAGGCUACUACAAUAACCAUAUAAAAUAAACAACUGCAAGUUGUUUAAUUCAACAGUACUUAUCAUAGCAUUGAUGAUAACACUAGGCGUUUACCAUCAAAAAA